AUGGCUAGCUGGGAGGCUGCAGCUCUCAAGCUGCAGAGCCACGUCGCUGUCACUUCCGACCCUAAUUCCCUGGAUAAGGAUAAGUGUCUACCGCCGCUACCUCUCCAACACAAGUCGACCGUCACCACAAAGAUCGAAGCCGUCGCCUCUGAAGAAGGCUCGAACUCGACGAAAGGAUGGAAGCCGCUAUCACUGUCGACGCCUAUACUUCUUGCCGUCAUCGCAUUGACGUUACUCCUCGCCGCCGCCGUCGAGACGAUAGCACAGAGGAGUGCUGCACAGGGGGGACUGGCUCUGUCACCGACGCUGGAUGAUUUACCGGGAUAUGCCAAGUUUAGUUACUUGUAUGUUCCGAACAUAAUUGCUGUUCUCUACAGCAUAAUCUGGAGUUGGAUCGAUUUGGACGUAAAACGGAUGCAGCCGUGGUUCGAGUUAUCGAAACCCCAUGGCGCAGCGGCGGAAAACUCAUUGUUCUUGGAUUAUCAACAUGACUUUGUUGCCUUUGUUCCCUUCCGGGCUGCGAAGCGAAGGCACUGGCCGGUAUUCUUUGGUGGAACCGCCAUGGUCGUUGUCUUCUGGCUUCUAACUCCCUUGCAGAGUGCCCUGCUCGGAACGGACGUGGUUUCUCAGACAAAGUUGGCUUCUAUAUCCACGAGGUCCCAGAUAAUACCGCUAGCUGAUCAGGUCACGCUCCUGGACCCUGAGGUGCUCAACACAGGCUAUGCCAUAGGAUGGCUCGGACGACCAUUCCCCCCCUUCACUAUGUCCGAAUACGCGUUGCUUCCCUUCUAUGUCAAGGACAGCCCAGCGCCGACCAAGGUUGAAGCAAACUGGACAGCUGAGACCACCAAGCUCUCGACAGAGUUGGACUGUUGGCCUGCACAGGUAGAGAAGAAUGGCCCGCGCAACAAGUUGGCCUGGGACUUUCUGAACGGCCAGGGCUGCAACGCUACGAUCUGGUUCAACGCAUUCACCAACUAUUCAAUGUACUACAUUGGGUAUCACUCCAGUGCCUACUCAGACCACUGGCUGGGAGGCCGCGAAUGUCCCAAGACAGGUAACAAUACUCACCAGUUCCUGGCCCUCUGGGCGACACCGAUCAAAGUUCCUGGGGAAGAAAGCCCCGACUUCAACAUCACUGCUCUUUAUUGUCAACCGACCUACUACAAACAGCGCGUUCUAGCAAGGAUCAAGUCAUCAACUCUGGAGCCAGAUCCCAAGUUUGUCCAAGAUUUAGCACCGCGUGAAGUUCUUACUGCAGAAGAGUUCAACUCAACGGCAUUUGAAUUCAUACUGGCGAAUGGGAUGGCAGCGAGACCCAUCGUCAAAGAUUUCCCUUACAAUCUCGUCGUGGAGCAGCAACCGAGACUCAACUUCACGGGGAUAACUCGUCCAGCUUCGAAUAUGGUUGGUUUCGCACUCGCUGGUCGGGACAACCUGGCCCCCGACUAUUCCUCACCGACAGUCCUUCAUGAUGUUUAUCGCCACGCACACCAGUACUUGUUCUCCACGGCAGUAAACCGAUUGCUUACAAACGAGACGCGAAUGGCUAACCAGACUGUUUCUGUGGAGUUUUCACUCACCGGAGUAGUUGUCAGCAGAGUGUUUGCUACGGCUGUCGAGAUUGUUUUGGUCUUCGUUGCAUGCUUUACGGCCGUUGUACUUGGAUUUUGUCGGAGGGCCCCCAGCAAGUUGCCAACGAACCCCUCCUCUAUCAGAAGGCAUAUCGACUUAUUCCGGAACAGCCCUGAACUGCUGCAUUCCUUCCGGUCGAUGGAUAGCGCUGAUGAAAAGACACUUCUCGAGACGUUCCAAAAAGAUCAGUUCCGCAUGGAACGCCAAACAAAGACAAAGGAAACGUGCAUUUGCAUCGAUCGAGUCUCGGAAGACUCAACGGACUCAUUGGAAGAGAAGAAGAUUACUCCCCAAAAAGGAUUCUACGACCCUGUUCGACCCUUGGUUCUGAAGAGAGAAAUUGGCGCCCUCUUCGUGCUCUCCUUAGUUGCGGCUAUCAUUGUGCUUUCAUACCUGAAGCAGCAAGAACAGAAGCUGAACGGCAUGUAG